AUGUCGCUCGCACUCUCCAUCCUAAUGAAGCUGACGAUUUCUUCCUCCGGUGACAGGACUCAACAAGCAGCAAACAAUGUUCUCUACGGCGUACAACCCGACGUGAGCCGAGACGACAGUUGUGACGCCAAGAUCAGUCCGCCGGAACCUACUCGAACCUUACACGGCUGUGCUCAUCGUCGCAGUCUGUCUUACAACAUCAUCGACAUGACGGCUCCAUCUUCUCAUGUGGUUGGGUCCACGCUGCACAGCCGUUCCAUAGCAAAGCUGGCACCUUAG